GAACCAGAAGCGCCACACCGGAAGCGGAAGCGGCGCCAUGAAGCUGCUCACCCACAACCUGCUGAGCUCGCACGUGCCGGGGCUGCGGCCCGGGGGCGGCUUCCCCCUGCGCAUCGAGGCCGCCGAGGUUCGGGUCCGCCCGGUUCCGUUCAACGCCGCCUUCGUGUCCCGCCUGGUGCCGCGGCUGCGCUGGGACGCGCUGAGGGAGGCGGCCGAGAGCCUGGGGCACCCCUCGGAGCUGCCCCCCGAGCCCCUCCCCAACUACGAGGGGGACGAGGAAUUCCUGCGGCGCCUCCACCACGUCCUGCUCGAGGUGGAGGUGCUGGAGGGGGCCCUGCAGUGCCCGGACUCGGGGCGGCGUUUCCCCAUCUCCAGGGGGGUUCCCAACAUGCUGCUGACUGAGGAUGAGGCCUGAGGGGGGGUCAGGACCCCCCAAUUUAUGGGGGGGGGUCCUCAAAAUGGGGCUGAGACCCUUCCCCACAAGAAAGGAUCGUUGGGAGUGUGGGAAAACCUCGAAUUCCCACGGGAAAACCCCAGAAUUCCUAUGGAAAACCCUGAAUUUCCACAGAAAAACCCCAAAAUUCCCACGGGAAAAUCCUGAAUUUCCACCAAAAAACCCAAAUUCUCA